UAGACUUUCCACGUUGGAAUCAUAUGUUUGACUUAUGUAAACUAGUCUGGAGCUGCUUUGACUACAGACUGCGCCUUAACCAGGAGAGACAACAUUGAUUUAGAUCAGUGUAUACUUGCAGCAGUCAGGGAAGGGUGAAGAGUACAUUUACAGCUGUAGCUGGGAGAGAGCAUCGUAUGAAAAACAUUGUGGAGAAAGAAAAAGGCCAACAAGUAAAGAUGCUGUGGAGUCUGCUGCUCAUCCCUCUGAUUGGUUCCGUGGAAAGUGAACACGAGCCUAACUGUACAACAGGUACAUCUCAAGACAUGGAAGAGCUGAACGGGACCACAUCCCAGUCAUCAAACUAUACACCUCAAGAAGACAAAGAGGAGAAAAUACCCUACGUUUCUGAUAGAGCUAUGGAUAACGAUAGGAGCACCUGUGCUCACACCUUGAAACUGCAGAACUCCUGGUGGAGAAUUGACCUGGAGGGUGUCUACACCAUUUCUUGUAUCAGUAUCUACAACAAAGAGCAUCGCACGAUAGAAAAAGCUCGCAUCUACAUUGGGAACUCUCGUGAGAGCAACGGCACUGCCAACAAAAUAAAUAAAACCAUCACAAACUUUAACAAAACAACCUGGAAUCACUUUCAGUUUAACCAAUCAGCUUCAGGGCGCUACAUCACUGUGUUCUUACCAGAACAUGAGAAUUUAAUUCUGUGUGAAGUGAAGAUCUACGGGAAAAAAAAAGAGUCGCCCUUUAAGCUGAUCAAAGAGAAUAAGACAUGGGAAGAAGCCCUGUACCACUGCAGGGACAACGAAAUGGACCUGGCAUCCAUUCUCGACGAUGAGGACCAAGCCUGGGCUGAGCUGCAGGCCAGGGAUGCAGACACUGACCACGUGUGGCUGGGCCUCCAUUACACCUGCAUCCUGCAGUUCUGGUUCUGGGUCGACGAUAAUCGCUUGGAUUUCAGUCGCUUGGAUCAAGAGAGUAAAGAAGAAGAAUGUGACACGAGUGUGGUCAUGGAGACACAAGAGGAACAUCUGUGGUUCAGAAAAUCUGACUACGAUGAGUUUAAUUUCAUCUGCAGAGUGAGAAAAGAAAAGCCAAGAGGAUAGGAUAAACUUACAGCCAUACAGAUAUAACUUGCUUUUUUAGUGACUGCAGCUCACUCCAUAUUUUAGGACGUGCACGUACUUUACCUUUGUAAAAAUGUUUGUUUAAGUAGUGUUAAGGCUUCGGUUGUACUUCCUGAUACUGUGAUAUAAUUAUUAUAUGAUGGUGAAACACGUUUUUUUUCUUCUACUGUUUUAAAAUUCAAAAUUCAAUCAUCAUUAAACUCAUGAGUGUUUGUUUUUAUUAUUAUUAUUAUUAUUAUUCUCUCUAUGAGAAUGGAUUUGGCAUUGGAAUGGGCUAUCUGCAUUUUGUUGUUAUCCCGAUAGAAAUAAUAAAACUAUUAAUUAAUAAUUCAGGAAAGUUUGAGAUUUCUCACAAAUGUACAGAAAUAGAAUAGAAAUGUAUUUUAUGUGGUCACAUAUAGUUUGUAUACCUAAAAAAUUGCAUUUGAAGCUUUCAAUAUGUACUUCUGAAUUCAAUUUACUUUACAUGUUAUUUCCUCUGGAUGCAUACUGCUUAUAUAUAUAUAUAUACAUCUACAUAUAUAUCUAUAUAUAUAUAGAUCUAUAUAUAUAUAUAUAUAUAUAGAUCUAUAUAUAGAUCUAUAUAUGUGGGUUCAGUUUUUCCUGUGUGUGAGUAUGAAGAUGCAAACUUGACUUUAGCAAUAUUUGUUUUUGAGACGUGAAUAUAAAGUAGAAAUAAAGGUUGAUGAUUGACGAUGA